AAUGUCCCUUAUGCUGUGUGAGAAGAUCCGGCUGAGAGAGCUGUUUACUCGGUGCUUUGUGCUGAACUGUUUGACUGGAGCUGUGUGUUGGAUAUUGAGUGUGUUUAUUGGAAACAUUUCCCUCCUGAUUUCCAGCCUGAGUUUUGUUGAUGGUUUUUUCCUGAAUAUGAGAAGAAGGAUUGCACCAUUUUACACCAGGGAAUACAGAGAGGAUAGACAGUGCAGAUCGAUCCUGACCAUCAUCCAAGGAACAGCUGCAUAACCAUAGGAAAACAUCCAGUCCCUUCACAGCAUUGCUCAACACAGGGAAGGUUGGUGAAACCAUCAUUUGGAAAUCAGUUGGGUCAGGAAAGCUUGGACAUAUCAUCAGGUCUGAAACUAGACCAUAGCGUGGAGCCUUCCAUCAGAACUAACCUUUCUGAAGGUUCGGCUGUGGAUGAUCGGUCAGGGUGAGGCUGGGAAGAAGUGUAAAUGGGAUCCAAGAGUGGGGAGAGCUUCAAUCAUUCAUCGAGCCUCAUGAACCACUGACUCAGUCCUAAGAGGGAGAAGCUGUCAAGUGUGAAGUGUGUGAAGAGAUCUGCACAGGCUUAUAAGAUCUUCUAAUAUACAAGAUACAUCCUUGAUCAGCCACAUGGAAGUAAAACCGUUUCAGAGUGAGAUGCAGGAUCAGGAUUUUAUGCAGUCAUCUAUAGUUGUGAGAAACAAACACACGUACACCGGGAAAGAACCCAUCAGAUGUGAAGUGUGUAAUAAGUCCUUCUCAAAGUCAUCGGCCCUCCUCGUUCACCAGCGUAUUCACACAGGGGAAAAACCAUUCACGUGCGAGGUGUGUGACAAAUCAUUUUCGCAGUCGUCGAACCUCCGUGUGCACCAACGCAUCCAUACAGGGGAGAAACCAUUUACCUGUGAGGUAUGUAACAAAUCAUUCACACUGUCAUCAAACCUUGUGGUCCAUCAGACAAUCCAUACAGGGGAGAAACCCUUCAAAUGUGAGGUUUGUGAUAAAGCUUUUGUGACAUCUACAAGGCUGCUGAGACACCAGAAGAUUCACACAGGAGAGAAACCUUUUCGCUGUGAAGUUUGUGAGAAGGCCUUCAUCCAAUCCUCCCAUCUCCUGAUGCAUCAGAGGAUUCACACAGGGGAGAAGCCCUUCAAAUGUGAAGUGUGUGACCGAGCCUUUGGACAAUCAUCUCACCUCCUGCGGCAUCAUAAACUCCACACCAGGGAGAAUCUCCUCAAGUGCGAAGUGCGUAAGGAGGGAUUUGGACAAUUAUUAGACCAAGUAAAACAUCAACAGAUUCAGACUGAUGAGAAACCAUUCACAUGCAAGGUUUGUGGCACAUCGUUUUCAGAGUCAUGGAAUCUCUAUAGACGCCAAUGUGUUCACACAGGAGAGAAAUCAUUCACCUGCAAGGUGUGUGACAAAUCAUUCUUGCAGUCAUCAAAUCUCCACAUACACCAACACAUUCAUAUGGGGGUGAAACUGUUUAUAUGCAAGAUGUGUCACAAAGCUUUUACACGAUUAUCGAACCUCCUGGUUCAUCAGACGAUCCACACAGGGCAGAAACUCUUCAAGUGUGAAGUUUGUGAUCAAACUUUUGUGACUUCUAAGAGGCUCUUGAUACAUCAUAGGGUUCAUACAGGGGAAAAACCCUUCAUAUGUGAGAUAUGUAAUAGGGGCUUUGCGCAGUCUUCAGCCCUGGUGAUUCACCGGCGCAUUCACACAGUGGAGAGACCAUUCACAUGUGAGAUGUGCCAGAAAUCAUUCUCGAAGUUAACAAACCUUUGCCAACACAAACAAAUCCAUAUGCAGACGAAAGCUUCAAGUGUGGGUGUGCACUGAGGAUUUUAGAUGAUCAUUGAACCUACAGCAGAACCAUUCAUUUUCAAAUGUGUGAUAUUCCCAGAGUCACCAAGGCUUCGUGUACCCACUGGAUUCACACAAGAGGAACUAUACUCAUGCAAGAUCUGUCACAAAUUGUUCUGAUGGUUAGGGAACCUCCUUUCACACCACAACAUUUAUACAGGAGAUACUAUUCCCAACAGAGGUUUGUGAAAAAUCCUCCCACAGUCAUCAGAUCUCCUAUUUCCCGCUCUGCCACACAGAUACUUUUGGUAGCUCAUGGAUAGAUGUUAGCCUGGCUCACCAGUCUGGCACAUCAUGUUUUCUGGAAGCUGCUCACUACACUCCAUGAUCUGACUCUGCACCUUCAGACUUUUCAGACUUCAUUCGGAGUGGCGAUAGUCCAGUGAUACUACGCCAGUAAUCCAGAACCCCAGGCUUCACGUUCUAGGGGCAUGAGUUUGAAUCCCACCAUGGCAGAUGGUGAAAUUUGAAUUCUACUUUGAAAAAUCUGGAAUUUGUAAUUUGUCUAAAAGUGAUCAUAUAGACAUUGUCAAUUGUCAUAAAAACCCAUCUGGUUUAUUAAUGCCCUUUAGGGAAGCAAAUAUAAUGUGCUUGCCUGGUCUAGCCUCUAUGUGACUCUUGACCCACAGCCAUGUGCUUCAUUUUUAACUGCUGUCUGAAAUAUCCCUAGCAAACCACUCAGAUCAAGGGGUCAUCAAUAAUAGCUGGCCUAGUCGGCAAUGCCCACACACCAUGAAUGAUUUUAUUAAAAAUCAGCAUGAGAUUUCUGGUUGAAAGUGUGGAACUAGCAUGUUUAAUAGUCUCUGUUGAAUCAGUCCAGACAGAAUCUAAGGACAGUUUCUCUGUUCUGGAAAUUGUGCAUGUUUAUUGAGUCCUUUCAAUUGUUUUAUGUCUGGCUGUGUUCAAUAUCUUGUGGUAACAGCUCCCCCUUGAGGGAGGUCUCAGUUUCAGGUGACAGCACGAAUCACCUCACCAACCUUGUCACCAACAUGCUGACAAAUUUGCAUGGUAUCUGGCAUUCGUGUUUUCAAUUCAGAAUGCUUUAGUAGUAAAUAUAUGGAAAUAUAUAUGCAGCAUUCACUUGUAUUGUUUCAAUGGAUUGUAGUCAGGUGAUUUCUUGAUGCUGUCAAUGGCCCUUCAUAAGCUAGUUUUGUCCUUUGUUAGACUGCAAUAGCCGUUUAUUAGACUUUAUAGUGGCAGUAUAUUAGACUACACUGGACCUUUAUUAGACUGCAAAGGUGAUUUGUUAGACUAAUGGCAAGUUAUUAUACUGUACUGGUGAUUUAUUAGACUGUAAUGGCCCUCUAUUAGACUGAAAUGGCAAUAUAUUAGGCUGUAACAGCCCUUUAUUAGACUGUAUUGGCCCUCCAUUAGACUGUAAUGGCCAUUUUUAAGACUAAUAAUUCUUUAUAUAAGUGUCAUGCCUUCUUAAAAAAAGCUCUGUGUUGAUGUUUUUUGUAUUAUUAUCAUGAUGCUUCUGUUGUUCUGAGAAUAUAUAUUCAACAGCAUUUAAUGUGAGAAAUAAUUAUUUUCUACUUAAGAAAUUUUCAGACUGCAAAUGAUUUUCUAAAGGAUGGCACACCAAAUUAUUCUCAAGAUCUUUCCCACAGUCAUGAAGGAAAUUUCAGUAAGCCCCCUGGUGUAAUAGUAUAUGCAAUUAUUCCAUAAAUGUUAUUGUGAACAAUGUUUAGUUUCCUUUGUGGGUAUAUACCUGUAAUAAACCUACGAUUUCAAAAUUGUUAUGUUUAAUAUUUGAAAUUGAUAAAUGGAAGAGACUGUGAAAUUAGUGAAUGAUUCUGGGGGUAAAACAACUUGUGUUAUUUUGAUACAAUAUGCAGUCACAGUUCAACAGAUGCAUAUUUUUUAACGAUUUGCAAUUGUGAUUUUAAUAGGGACGAAUAUAUUGUUGCGUAGAUUACCAAUCUGCAAUAAGGAGAGGUUAAACUGUCAAAAAUAAAAUAUCC